AUGGUGAAGAUGUGGAGGAUCUUUCGGGAGUCUGGACCACCCCCAGAAAUUCCGGAGCAUUUGUACACCAUGGAAAUCUUUCAUGGUGGGUAUUUUGACAAGCAAUUGGAUGGGACAAAGAAGUAUAAAGUGGCAAGGGAGAAGCCCAUCUCAUACCAUUUCAAGCUGCCUCGGACAUCAAGCAAUGAAGGGUUUAUUCCAAUCAAGAAUGAUGCAGAUGCUAUAGAAAUGGUGAAGCUCAUUCCUCUGAAUAAAAGGCAGAUUUCAGUGUACAUAACUGGAGGUGGUCCUAGGCAGAAGAGAGAGGCUGAGUUGGAUGAUCUGAAGCCCGAUGAUCCUGAUUGGGAAAAUCCACUCAAUAAGUGCACAACAACAGAGAAAGAAAAAAUGUUUGAAGCAGCCAACUUGCUUGGUAGUCAGUUAAAUAGAUCACCUUCUAGAGCUACUGUGGGGACCAGUGUUCCCGAGAUAAUUGAUCUUGAAGAUGAGGGUGGUUCAUAUGGUAAUGAGGGUGAAACAAGGGUGGGUGAGGGCUUAAAUGUGGGAAGAGAAAAAGGUGGACUAAAUGUUGGGGUUAGACCAAGUCAAAGCACAUUUGCAGGUCUUUCUGAUAUUCUGCCAGAUGUGUUGGGGUCCCAAGCAAGUAUAGGGCAGGAGGGACACAGGAGGAAAAGUGGUGGAACUGAGGGGCAUAAGGGUAACUUAGGAAAGGCCACUACUAAACCUAAAAGGGUGAAGCAUUGUAUCAAAAGGAGUUGGCCUGCCUCUGCCACAGCUGCUUUAAACAAAAAGCUUGAGGAUAUAGAAAGGCGAGAAAGAGAGGCUGCUGAGAAGGCUGAAAAAGAAGGUUGGGAGAAGGCUGAAAGAGAGGCAGCUGAGUUAAGAGAAAGGCAAGCUACUGUUGAGGAACAAGAGGAGGCUCAAAGAUUGAGAGAAAGGGACGUUGCCGAGCAAUUGGCUAGGGAGGAGGCAGAGAAGAGAGAACAAGAGGCUGCAGAGAAAAGGGCAAGGGAUGUUGUUGCUGUUAGGGAGAAAUUGGCAGAAGAGUUGAGGGAGAGAUUACAACAGUCACAGCAAAGCAAGAAAGGGAAAAGCAAGGAGGCUGUUGUAUCUGAUAAGGGAAAAAAACCAGUUCAGGCUGCAAAGGUUAACAAGAGCACGAAGAAACCAAAAGAUCCAAGGUAUAACACAAGAAGGAAAGGGAGCUGGAACAAUGCAAGAACAGAGGAAAGGGUAGUUAAGGAUGAUGAGACGAAUUCAGGAUCUGAUUUCUAUGUUGAUUCAGAUUAUGAUUUGGAGCAUGAUGAGUUUGAUGAUGCAGACUUUGAAGAAAAUGUCACACAGCCAAGGGUUGUUGAGGAAUUUGAUGACAUGGGGUAUGGAGGCUACUGUUCAGAUGACCAUGGAGAUUCUGAUGAUCUUGAGAGUAUAGAGGGCAGUGAAACAGAGGAAGAUGAGGAUGGGAAUUCACUUCCAAACAAGAUUAACAAGGGAGUGAAGAUCAGACCUUGGAUCAGGUCUGUGGAUUUGAGAAAUCCCAAAUUCAGGUUGGGGUUAACUUUUCCAAACUCAGAGCAACUUAAGGAGGCUGUUAGGGAGUGUGCAAUCAGAAACCAAUUGGGUUUGUGGUUUGAGAAUAAUUCAAAGCAUAAAAUUGAGGUCAACUGCCAAUGGGACUGCCCAUUCAGAUUGUAUGCAAGUACUUCAAAGGGUGAGGGUCCAACCUUGAUCAUCAGGACCUUAAACAACAAGCAUACAUGUUCUCCUGUGGAAAUAAGCCACUUCUUGAAUUACAACAGAAUAGCCCAAGAGGUACAAGCCGAUCUGUUGGUGGAUGAGAACUGGUCAAGGGUUGGGAUCCACAAUCAUAUAGAGAAGAAAUACAAGCUGGAUGUGGGUGUUCAAACCAUAACAAGAGCAAAGAGAAAAGCAAAAAGAAUGAAUGAAAGCCACUACAUAGAUCAGUACAACAACCUUGCUGCUUACAGGAAGAAAUUAUUGAGAAGUAAUCUGGGUUCAACUGUGGAUAUCAAGACUUGUAUAGAUGGUGACAUAAGGAGAUUUCAUAGGAUGUACAUUUGUUUUGCAGCAUGUAAGAAUGGGUGGAUGAAUGGCUGCAGGCCUAUAAUUGGUUUGGAUGGGUGUCACAUAAAAGGGCACCAUCCUGGACAGCUAUUGGCAGCAGUUGGCAUAGAUGCAAACAAUAGGAUGUUCCCAAUUGCAUAUGCCAUUGCUGAGGCUGAGAACCAAGAAACAUGGACCUGGUUUCUUUACCUACUGAAAUGCGAUCUGAAGAUAGAAAGGGAUAGCAGCUACACAUUCAUCACAGAUAAGCAAAAAGGGCUGGGAAAUGCAAUUUCAGGUUGGUUUCCAAAUGCUGAACACAGACACUGUGUUAGGCAUCUGUAUAACAAUUUCAAGGCCAAGCAUCCGGGAGAGGGGCUAAAACAAUUGGUUUGGAAUGCAGCAAGAUCAAGCACUGUGGUGUGGUUCAACAAGCAUAUGGCUGAUCUGAGGGAGCUAAGUGAGGGAGCUUGGUCUUGGUUUCAGGACAAGAAUCCAGCACAAUGGUCUAGGGCUUACUUCAAAGAUGAGUCUAGGUGUGACCUACUGCUCAACAACCUCUGCGAGUCUUUCAAUGCAGCCAUUCUGCCAGCUAGAGAUAAGCCUAUCCUAACAAUGUUAGAAAAGAUUAGAAUGGAUAUGAUGGUGAGGCAAUCAAAUAGAAGAGUGGCUUGUGAAAGGUGGAAGGAUUUGGUUGGACCAAGAACCAAGAAGAUCAUUGACAAGAUUGGUUAGAGAGCAACUGAAUACAGAGCACAUAAAGCUGGGGAGUUCAUAUUCCAGAUCACUGGCUAUGGAGAGCAUGGCAGCAAGCAUGCUGUAGAUCUGGGCCUCCAUACUUGCACCUGUAAGAGGUGGCAGCUAAGUGGGAUACCCUGUGUUCAUGCCGUCUGUGCAUUAAGGUACAAGAAACAGGAAGUUGCAUUAUAUUGUGAUGACUAUCUUAUGCCCUCAACCUAUAUGGAGGCCUACAACCUCAUAAUAUACCUAUUGCUGGCCAAGAGGAUUGGGAACCUGUUGAUUACCCCAUUGCACCUCCACUUUUCAAGCAGCAACCUGGUCGUCCUAAGAUGAAAAGGGUGAAGGAACCAGGAGAGAGGAAUCAGACCACAGCCCCACCUGCACCUAAAGAGGGGAAGUUGCCUAAGACUUGUAUAAAAGUGUCUUGUAGAGUAUGUGGCCAGCAAGGACACAACAAGUUAGGUUGUCCAAUCACAAAGGUAGCUAAGGCAGCAGCAACUGUAAGUCCUUAAUAAUGAGGUUUUUUAUGGAGCAAACUUCCAUUUACUUUGUGUAUGUGCACUAACAGUUUCUUGUAAAUUUCAACAGGGAGAAGGUUCAUCUAAUGGAGCAAAUCCUAGUAACCAUAGUUAGUUAAUACGCGUAUUAAACGCGUAUAAAACUUCAAUACGGGUAUAAUUGAAAAAAACUUCAGUACGGCGUAUUGAAAUUGUAGACUCGGGUUUUUUCGCAUAUUAUUGAGUUCGACCUUUUAAAACACGUUUUAUACACGUAUACGUUUUAUACGGAGUAAAAAUACUUGGAAUUUGAAAAAAAAAUUAAAGCGCUAGUUAAUUAAAACGCGUAUAAAACUUCAGUAUGCGUAUAAUUAAAGAAAAACUUCUGUAUAGCGUAUUGUAAUUCAAGCGCCUGAUUAUAUUUUACUUGGGUGCCAUAUCCUUUUUUUCAUGUUUUAUCACAUAUCAUAAAUGAUAUAAAAUAAAGCAAGAGUUUAGAGUAGAUUAUUAGUUAUUUUCUUACAAAAAUAGUGUUUUAUAUAUCCGUAUUUUUGAACCCGUUUUUUCUACUACUUGCCGAAUUAUACACGUAUAAUUCAAACUUAUAAAUUUGCCGUAUCGCGUUUUUUUGACCGAAUAUUUGACUGUAUCGUUAGACUAGGUAAACCGAAUAAUACACGUACGUUUCUUUACCGAAUUAUACGCGUCCCGUUUUUUACUAACUAGCCUAGUAACAAAAGGAAGAGAACCAACAACAAGGUAUGACACAAGUUGAACUGAUUAUGCUUUGUAGAAUUUUAAAUUGCAGCAUGUAUGUGUGCUUUAUUGAACUUGAGAUUAUGUUCUUGAACUUGUAAUUUCACUUCCCAAGAUGCUUUACUUGUUUCUGCAUUUUCUGAUAUUGAAAUGGCAUUUUUGGUGAUUGUCCUAUUUCUUUGUCUUUGAUUUUUGGUAGCUCAAGAGAGCAUCUUUUCCAAAGGGGUGUUCUAACUUAAAGGACCAAAUCAUAAGGUCAAGAAAGACUUGGAAGAAGAUGAAGGAAACUGCUGGUGGUACUUCUACUGUCAAUACAAGUGCCUCAGCUUCACAAAGUGUGCAGCAACCUCCUACUCAAAGUAGUCAAAAUCCUGCUGCAAGAGGUGCACAUAAGAAGUCAUCCCAGCCUAUGCAACAAAGUCAAGCUUCCUCUGAAUGGGCAGGACUUUGAACUUCUUUACAUUGCUGAUUUUUGGAGUAUUUUGGUUGCAGCACUGUCAACUCUUUUGUUUCAGUUUUAGUUGAGGUUGCAUAUUAAGUGCUGCUGGACAAAUUAUGCAUCAUGGAACAUUUUUA